AUGACUCAAAAAGAAGAAGGAAGAAAUUUUUCAUACAACUAUGAAUUUAUUGGGCAGCGAUUUAUUGCAAACCUUGACUUUUCCCAGCAAUACCUACAAAUUUAUCAUGCUCGACUAAAUGGGCUUCGUUCAAGGACAUUAGAAAAUGCCGCCCAUGAAAACAAAAUUAAACCUCUAGAAAAUCUAAUGGAUCUAAAACAACACAAAAAGGCAGUAAUAUAUGGAACUAUUGCAAGAUACCACAAAGCCAAGCCUUCAACCAUUCAAAAAUAUCUUUCUGUAGUUGGUUCUAUUGAAUCCCGUCCUAGCGAUUUUGGGAAUUAUUGAUCAGAAAAUGACGAGCUAUGGCUUGAAGACAUGAGUGGCAGACUUUUGCUUAAUUUUACUAACUGCCAAGAUGAUUGACUAAACUUAGUUACAGGCGUUCAAAUUGGAUUAUUUGGAAUUAUCGAGCAUACAGGAACAUUUUCCGUAGAAAAGCUUUAUUUUCCUCAAAUUGAAAAGCCUAUUCAAUUAAAAGGUAGGGGUGAAGAGUAUAUUUGCUUUGUGUCAGGCUUAGAAAUGGGGAGUCUUGGAUAUGAUCAUAUUUUAUUGAAUUUAUUUUCACAAUACAUUAUGGGGAACUUAGGACAAGAGUCGUUGGAGGAUUCUCGAAAAAUCAUAAGACUCGUCAUAUUAGGAGAUUCAAUUUAUAAGCAUGAUGAAGCUAGAAUGAUUGACAGAAAAGCAAUUGGUGAUGCAAGUUUAAGAGGAGCAGCUGAGUUGGCUAAUUCCAUUAGGUUUUUAGAUACAUUUUUGUCAGAGCUUGCAGGAGUUGUUCCUGUUGAUUUAAUCCCUGGAGAUAUGGACCCUUCAAAUUCAUCUCUACCUCAGCAGCCUAUUAACCCGCACUUACUGCCUUCUUCAUCUCGAUAUUCAGCUCUUCAUUCUUAUCCAAAUCCUUAUGAAUUCAUGAUAGAUAAUUGUCGAGUUUUAUGCACAUCUGGCCAAAAUAUAAGUGUUUUGUCUCAGUUUACUAAUCCCAACCUAUCUUUCACAGAUUUAAUGGCACUGACAUUAAAAUUUCGACAUUUAGCCCCGAUUGCUCCAGAUGCAUUAGCAUGUAUUCCUAUGCAAGACUACGAUCCUUUUAUUAUUGAUAGUUUUCCCCAUUUAUAUGUUGUUGGGAACCUGGGGAGCUAUAGAACAUCAACAUAUGAAGGAGUCAAAAUUAUUUCAAUUCCAAGAUUUUCCGCGCCUAGCCAUAAUAUUGUCUUGGUAAACCGAUUCAACUUGGAGUCUAAAAUUGUGUCGUUCGACUCAAUGAUUUAA